AUGUCCUCACUUCAGUAUUCACUUCUUCCUCCACCUUCUUCUCCUGAUGAUGCCUCCAUUUCUGGGUUGGGAACAUCCAAGUCAAGAUUUAGUAUUGCAUCCUUCAGUUUGACUCACGAUAAGGAUGCUAUCAAGACGUACCGUCGCAUGGCAAAUAAAACAAACAACAAGGAUGUACAAAUGACGUAUUGCAAGUAUCUACUUCAAGUGGCUGAUUUAUAUCAAUCCAAGGGUGAUAACAAGAAGAAACCAACCACUGCUGAUCUUACACGACAACGAUUAUUGGAGGAGGCCGAAUACUGGGUAGAGAAAUUGGCAGCAAGUGGACAUCCUGAAGCACUGUAUAUGAAAGGUAUGUGGCAUGCUAGCAACGAUCAUGACUGUGUAGGAUUGAUAUAUCAAGGUAUCAAUCAUGAAAAAGCAUUCAAAUGUCUUCGUGCGGCAGCUAAGCGUGGUUGGAUGGAUGCUUCUUAUCAAGUGGCUAGGUAUUGGCGGGAUCGUGGUGAUUACAAAAAAACCUUGGCAUGUUACAAGACGGCUGCCCAUCAAGGUCAUGUUUUGGCGAACUAUAAAAUGGCAAGAAUCUUAUUACGUGGUCAACUUCAACAAAAGAUCAAUAUCAAACAAGGAUUAGAAUAUCUCAAAUCAGCGGCGGAUGAUCCAUCGGAUGAUAGUGCACAAGCAGCAUAUGAUCUCAGUUGUGUAUAUUCGGAUAAUGUAGAAGCGAUUGGCAUGGAACGUGAUUGUUUGGCAUCAAGGAAAAAUGUGGGCAUGGCGAUGCAUUACUUGGUCAAGUCGCAACAAUCAGGAUGGAUCGAUGCUUAUUAUCAAUUAGGAAUUGUGUAUGAACAAGGUGCACUGGAUCAACCGUGUGAUCUCACCAAGGCAUUUGAAUACUAUACUAAGGCAGCAGAGGAUGGGCAUGCUCAAGCUAUGUUGGCUUUAUCUCGGUUUUAUUCCCAAGGUAUCCCUGGUUUAUCCAUUCCUCCUCAUCCUUCUCUUGCUUUUAAAUGGUGUCAACGUGCUGCAAGUUAUGGAUUGACUCAAGCUGAAUAUACUUUAGGGUAA